AUGGCCGGCACAAAACGCAAAGCACCAUCCUCUGCAGACAAAGCUUCUCCCAAGAAAUCGAAAACUGACGUCAAAUCCUACGAAUCGACACCCUCGGUCACUGCCCCCGAUGGCGGAAUAAUAUGGCCCGCUCCGGCUUCAGACAUUGAAUCCGCUCGUACAUUCAUCAUGGCGUGUGUUUCCGCCCAACUCCCAACUCUCAUCGUUCCUGAUAAGGAUGCUGACGGCCUCUCAUCUGGAUGCAUUCUCCACCAUACCCUUACAACUCUUGGCCUCCCAUCCUCCUUGAUCAACAUCCACCUCCUCAACAAAGGCACAUCCAUCCACGACGCAUCCGAGCGAGAGGCAAUGUCCGCUAUCUCUCCUACCCCAAAAUACAUAUUCGUCCUCGACCACGGCUCCCGUGAAUCGCCCGCACUCCUCCCAACCCCCCACCACGCCCUCGUCAUCGACCACCACCACAGCACACUCACCUCUUUUCCCUCCGGCGCAGAACACAUAAACUGCUCCGCCUAUCCACCCGUGGCCACAUCCUCGCUGCUAACAUACCACAUCUGCGCCCCGCUGCAUCCAUCCCUCCCCCGCAAAACAGCCUGGCUCUGCAUCGUCGGCACCCACGGCGACCUAGGCUCCCUGAAAUGGCAACCCCCCUUCCCCGACCUCUCUCCGCACCUCGACCCCAAAACACACACCAAAUCCGCGCUGAACGCAUGUAUCCCGCUCCUCAACGCCCCGCGCCGCACCGCAACCUACGACGUGCUCUCCGCAUGGUCCGCCCUGCUCGCAGCCACAGGUCCGGCGCCCAUCCUCUCGAGCGCCCGCCUCCUCGACGCCCGCGCCGAAGUCUCCCUCGAAACGCAGCGCUGGGCCCGCUCGCCGCCGUCGUUCUCGCAUGACGCCAAGAUCGCCGUCUUCCGCAUCCACAGCCCAUGCCAGAUUCACCCUGUCAUCGCCACACGCUGGGCUGGCACUCUCAAAAGUUCCAAGCUCGAGAUUAUCCUUGCUGCGAAUACGGGCUACCUGCCCGGAAGAGUGAAUUUCAGCUGUCGUGUUGCGCGGUGCGCGGCGGGGCGGGAGGGGUGGGACAAAGUGGAUAUCAUCGAGACAUUGCAGAGGGUCGCAAGCGAGGGUGGUGAGAGCCUUGUGGAGCGAUUGGGGGAGAGUUUUGCACGUGGGCAUAAGGAGGCGAGUGGAGGCAUUGUGGGGAUCCAGGAGUUCGAGGAGUUGAUGGCAGUUUUAAGGGUGGGCAUGAAGGAGAAGAAGGUGGAUGAGGAUCGUAGGAGUGCGAAGAAGGGUCCAAAGGAUACAGGGCCGGGUCAGAAGAAUACGCUGGCUAACUAUUUUCAAAAGGGCUGA